AGUACAUGAAGUCUUUAUUCUGCAGUAAAUUACUGAUUCUGUAUUAAACAAUCUCUCAUAUUUUUCCAUUAGUGACUGAUAUAAACAAGGGCCUUUUGUCUGCGGUGGACAUGCUUACCUCAGAAAAAAGUCACUCUUUCCCAGACAUGUCCAUGAUCAUUCUACUCACUGAUGGGCGACCCAGUUCUGGCCAGCUAGAUCUAUCCAAAAUCCAAGAAAAUGUCCAGAAUGCUAUUAAUGGAAGCAUGAGUCUCUUUUGUUUGGGCUUUGGAUAUGAUGUGGACUACAGCCUUCUUGACACACUGGCCAAGCAGAACGAUGGACUCGCUCGAAGAGUCUAUGAGGCCUCCGAUGCUGCCCUUCAACUACAGGGUUUUUAUGAUGAGGUGGCUACCCCACUUCUCUUAGAGGUGAAUCUCAAUUAUCCUGGCAACGCUGUGACUGACUUGACACAAAGUCACUUUAGACAGUUUUUCAAAGGCUCUGAGAUUGUUGUAGCUGGACGUCUACAAGAACUUGAGACCAACACCUUUCAGACUGAAGUAUCAGCAAAUGGGUUGGGAGACCAAUUUCUGGUUGAGGGUCUAGUGAUUGCUGAAGAGUGGGACAGUGUGUUUCCUGAUCAGGAGUACAUCUUUGGGGAUUUCACAGAGCGACUGUGGGCAUACCUGACCAUCCAGCAGCUCUUGGAUGAAAGAGAGAAAUGCUCCGCAGAAGACAAGGAGGACAUCACAGCUCAAGCUCUAGACCUUUCUCUAAAAUAUAACUUUGUCACGCCGCUUACCUCAAUGGUGGUCACCAAACCAGAGACCUAAGAUACAGAUGAAAAACUCAUUGCCGACAAGUUGACUGAAGAUCAGCGAGAGGACACAACAGAACCUGAUAUAAGUGCCCUCCAUGGUCCAGCUCAAAUGGCUGGCAGUGCUCUCCAAGGCCAAGCACUAAAAAUCCAAAAUUUACUCUCCUCCAAUUUUGGUGA